AUGAAACCAAACUUAAAGAAAGAUGAAGAUAUUCAUUUAACUGUUAAAAAAAGAGAAUCCCGAGAUGAAGAGGCAACAUUGGCUGAUGGAUAUUUAUACAUUUUGAUUAGAGAAUUUGGAUUUAGUGCAAAACUUAAACAAACAAAACAUGCAGAAAAAACAAUUAAAUUAUAUUGUGUUGAUGAGUUAUUUAUUGAAAAUGAACUUUGUGUUAGUCAAGAAGACAUCCAAAAAGAAGGUAGAAAAUUACAACAUCGAUUUGGAGUUGAUACUAUUACUACACCAAUGAAUCCUAAACAAGAAAGAAGAUCAAAAGAAGCAGAAGUAAGUAAUGGUUAUCUUCAAAUGUUAAUUAAUGUUGGAUAUAAUCCUGAAUUUAAAGGAACACGUUCUGCUAGAAAAACCAUUAAAAUGUAUAGAAUUAAAAAAAUGGAAUCUCCUACAAAAGUUAUUCUUGAAAAAAGUGUUUUAAUGGAAUUUGGAAAACGUCUUGAUGCUGUUGUAAAAGAACAAUUUCAAAAAGGUUUGAGAAUAAUGAUUAUUACUCCUGAAAUGCUUGCUCUAAACGAAGAAUCUUUAAAUGGAAUAAAACUAACAGAUUUUUUAUCACAACAACCUAAUCAAAAAGGAAAAAAUGAAAGUGAUAAAGAAGGAAAUGAUUCUACUACAGAAGAUAUUACUCAAUCAUAUGAUUAUAGUAGUGUCAACUAA